AUGCUUACAGGAACCACAGUAAAUAUCUUGCCUCGCAAUGCCGUGUCUUUCAACCCCACUGAGCGUCAGGUCAGUGUGGGAGCCGUUUGGUCAGUUGGUGGCACUGCGCCUGGGGCAGUCGCCAUUGAUGGUGGUCGUGGUCGGUUUCUGGGCAGCGGGACGACUGCACCAUUAUAUACGAUGCCGUUCACAAAAAUGCGGCCGAAGUCAGAGGAACACCAGGAGAAGCACGAAGGAAGACUUGCGCAAGCCUUGCAGAUAGACCCAGUGCAGCGGAUACUCGGCAGCGACAUAUUUUCAACCUUUCCCCGAUGCCGUAGCAAUCGCAAAGCACAAGCGUCACUGGACACGUCCAGAACUAAUUGGACGGGGACCGAGUGGUUGAAUGAUGGACAAAAGUCCGGUAUGUCUCGCUGA